GAACACCGGUCCAAGGGGUGGGUGAAUCGCCUUUGCCGAGAUGCAAUGCGAUGCGAGCAUCGUACGUACGAAACGAAAACUAGUUUGAUUAAAGUAGCGUUCCCGGGAGGUUGUGUCGCGCGUUUUUGUACAACAACAUUGAAAUUAUCAUUGUUUAUAAACAAAAUUCGCCAAGAUAAGUUACCUGGACAAUGUUUUUAUGAAUAAAGUUAGUAACAUUCGCUAUUUAACUAUACUAAACCCGUGAUAGCUGUGUUUCUUGUAAAAUUGUUACGUUUUAUUCGAGUGUAUAAUCUUGUAUCGGCGAGAACUGCUUCGUUGAUUUGGUCGGACUCGGACGGUGGUUGAAAAUGUGAAACAAAAUUGAAUAUUGUGUUGUUUGUGAACAUUUGAGACUGAGAUGAAGGUUGCCGGUUUCGUUUAUAUAUAAGAAACUGGAAGGAAAAGGUGGAACGAUGAAGUGGUAUAUUUUUGCGUUCUUGCUGCCGUCGUGUUUGGCUCAUCUCAAUGUUUACCUGAGCAGUGCAGAAGUAUGGAGAUUACUAGGAUUAACAGCGGAGCUGUUCUAUGUGCGAGAGGGACAGAUAAACUUCUACGCGCUGAACUUCGUGGUGCCAGUGCCGGCCACCAUCGGAGAGCUGCACUUCACGUGGCAGAGUUUAACGAGGAGACCGUUACCAUAUUCGCUGAACGUUGAAGUAGUAUCGCAUGCGGACGCAAUGCAUCCACCGACGUUCAACAUCACGAGAGAAGGAUUUGUUCCGACGGAACCGCGAACAUGGAAAAUCGAUUUGCCCUGCACGCACACCGUCGCCGCUGAAGUGGACAUUACGAUAUCAUUGAAUGUCUCAAUGGGAUCCACAUCCACUACGCUUCACUUUAGAAGGAGGAAAAUUUGCUUAAAAGAAGCGGCCAGGCCGGCGGUUAGGGUUGACAGCGUUGCCCAGGCACCUACAUCAGCGGACAUAUUCUAUGCGGGAGCCGGUUGUGCAGGUGCUGCGCUUCUAAUAGCCGCAGUGGCAGCAGCAGCUUGUAGAGCCCGAGCAAGGAAACUUCGACGCGCACGCAGCGACGAACAAGAUGCACACGCUUUCCUUCCAGACUCCUCCUGCAAGUCAGCUGCCAGUUACACCAGCUACCGACGUCCUACAUCCAUCCCCGCAGCGGCAGCGGAAGAGCGAGCGAGGGACCUGCAACAGAGAAUAGCAGAGUUGACGAUUCAGAGAUGUCGCGUCAGACUGCGCUCAGUGGCGAUGGAGGGGACAUUCGGAAGGGUUUACAAGGGAACGUACGCUGAUGAGGACGCCAGGGAACAGGAAGUGCUCGUUAAGACUGUUGCGGAACAUGCGUCGCAAGUGCAGGUAUCAUUGCUACUACAAGAAGGCUGCAUGCUCUACGGCCUCCGGCAUGAACGUGUACUAUCAGUGCUCGGCGUUAGCAUCGAAGACCAAACUGCUCCAUUCCUCCUAUACCCAUGGGGCGCUACCUUGAGAAACCUGAAGCAAUUCCUUCUGGCGUGUCGAGGAGUGACUGUGGGCGGGGCGGCGGGGAGCGCACCACCGCCGCCGCCGCUUACAACACAACAUGUUGUUAGAAUGGCACUACACGCGCUGGAUGGUUUAGCGUUUUUGCACUCCCAACAUGUCUUACACAAAGACAUUGCUGCCAGAAAUUGCAUUGUUGACGAAAACCUCCGAGUGAUGAUCGCCGACAACGCCCUCUCGCGUGAUCUCUUCCCCGCCGACUACCACUGUCUAGGCGACAACGAGAACCGGCCUAUCAAGUGGCUGGCUUUGGAAGCCUUGAGCAAACGUCAGUUCAGUCCAGCCGCUGAUGUUUGGGCGCUAGGAGUGCUGCUAUGGGAGUUGACCACGUUGGCUCACCAGCCGUACGCAGAAGUCGAUCCGUUUGAGGUCGCAGCGUAUCUAAGAGACGGAUACCGGUUACAACAGCCGGCGAACUGCCCGGAUGAAUUGUUCGCAGUAAUGGCAUACUGCUGGGCAAUGUCGCCCGACGACCGGCCCACACUGCCGCAGCUACAGAUCUUCCUAAGGGACUUCCACACGCAACUCACGAGAUUCGUCUAAUACACUGUGAAAAACUAUUUUAGUGAACAGUGAACAUAAAUAAUGAAUACAGUGAAACAAAACUGGUGCAGAUAACGAAUAUUGAACACAAUGCAAAAAACUGUGGUGUAUGUGACAAAGUGAGAUCAAACUAUUACUACUGUGAAAAUAUUAAACAGUCUUUUUUUACCAUAGUGACUAUAAAUAAAACCAUUAAACACCGUGAAACGCAAUAAAUAAAGUAGACUAAGUGAAACAAAAUAAUUACUGCGAUGAACAAAACAAGACAGUGCAUAAAAAUAAACAGUGAAUAAAAUAAUAAAGUAUUUUAAACGUUAGGGGCCUUAUACCAAGUGCGCAUUACCCUUUCGUGUUAAAAAGUGGAGAUUAUAUACAGAGACUGAUUUUAUUUAGUUAAGUAUUGUACAUUUUAGUGCGGGAUGACGUUUAUAUUGAAUUCGUCUUCUAUCUUUUUCAAACGAUAAAUUAUUGUUUGAGCAUUCAACUGUUUGUCUAUAUACUAUAGUUACUUAGUUGAAUGUGACAUUCAAAUAAUAAUUUCUUCUGUGCCAACAUUACGAGGGACAAUUUCAAGAUAAUCGUCAUCUAAUUUACUUUUACAAUUAAUUAUUGUUUGGAACCUCAUUACUGCCAUAUUAGAUUAAACUUGGUUUGUAAAUAUCAAUUAGAACUAAAGUUUAGUUCAUUGUGAUUGUAUGUAUGAUACGUAUAUUAAACGUGCCUCAGAUUUUAUGAAAGAUUUUAGAUGUUUAAUAGAGAAAAUAUAAACUAAAUUAAGACUGGUAUAGAAUACAAUUUUAUCGACUUUGCCUAAAGUAUUGCCAACGUAUAUCUACCAGAGACACGUAAAUUAUACAGACUGUUGAACCUCAUACACUGUUAUAUUCUUGCAAAAUAAUAAUGGGUCAAUUGCAAAUCUUGAAGUUACUGCUGAAAGCGUUUUAAUGCAAAAUUAAAUAGCUAAUUAAUUUUCUAAAGGGACACCAUCUACGAAACUGUGUGGGCUUUAGCAGUCUUUAUAACUCAUGAUCUCUGAAUUCUCUGAUAUCUACUGAUCUUUACGUCGUGUUAUUCACUUAUGAUAGCCUCUUAAAAUUUUAAUGUAAACUGUUUAUACUCUUUUUAUAAUAUCGUAAGUACUCAAAGUUGAGUAACAGGUCGUGAAGAUAAAAUGUAAACGAAUCGUUGUUCUUAUUUUCUUUGUAUCGUGUAAUAAAAUUAGCAUUUUUAAACAAGGAAGUCUGUACUGUAUUUUAAGUAUCAAAUAAUUAUGCCAAUCGCCCGACAUAUAGUAAAGACCUCUUCGUUUAAAAAUGAGUACAUUGUAACAAUUUAAUAUCUGUUCAAAGAAUUUUGUAGACAAUAAAUUAUUACUACAGUAGUAAACUGAAUCAUAAAGUAUCUUAAUUGUUCAUUAUCUUGCUAGAGUUUCGUGCCAAAAUAAUACCAAGGUAAAAAUUGUAUCAAAAUUUAUUGCCGCAAUAAAGUUAGGUAGUUUUAGGUGUCUCAAAAAUUUACCUGUUAACUUUUGAAAUUAAUUUAAAUUAUCAUGCUACUUUAUUGCACCUACCGAGCAGAUAAUGAAACACUGAAGCAUCGGGUAGUUCAUCUUUAGCGUAAUAUCAAAGUAAGCAUCAGAAUAUGACAAUCGUAUGUACAUUGAAAAGCUUCAAACGGAAAGAAAAAAUGUAUCGCGAUCACAAAUGAAAAAAAAAAAAAAUUGGUUAAAAGCAUUUUUAACAUAUUCUACGAAAGAUACGUGACUAUGUCCAUACAUUGUUUAAAUUACGAUUGGCGUUUUCUAUCAACGAUUAUCAUCUUGGCUAGGCCCUGGGAGUACCGCUCCAUGAAAGUUAUUUUUGAUUUUGAUCUCUGUAUUUGUUACAACUUUAAUUUGCCAUUCGUUUCAAUCUAUUCAAAAAUAUCCCUUAACUCUUUGAAUUAAGAUUCAUGUAUUCUGACGCAACCCAUCUGUUCGCUGCAUUGUAACAGCAAACAAGUAAAUAUCCAUUGUUAUUGAACGUAUAUUAAUCAGUUGGUGUUACAUGUUAUUGCAAUAAAAAACCACGUUGUAGGCAGCUAUGUAAACAAGUGCCAAUUACAUUGUUUUGUCUAAGUGACAUAAUAAACUCGUAAGGCCUAUUGUACUUUUUAGGAUACAAAUGAGGCUAAGAAAUCUAACAUUUUUAAAACAUUUUUUACUACAUUUUAAACAGAGCGAAAAUACCACAAAUCAUUUUUUUACUUGUCUUAAAACUUCAAGCAAUAGGGUAUACGUUUUGUCGGUGGUCAAUAAAGCACUAUAGCUAGUGUCAUCCACGAUGACGCGCAUAUUUAUCAAAUCUAACCUUAAAUAACAUGACAUUACAAGUCAAGGCACGCGUCUUCGGGAAUGACACGUUCUAUACUACCAUAAAGAUUCAAUAUAAAAUCAAACUUAUCGACAACCGAUACUGUGGUACAUUUUACAAAUGGCACAUUAGUAUAUAUGACCUUACGAGAUUUAUCUGCAAAAUCAAAUGUCAGGAAAAUGAGGCAUCUGAAAAAACCUGUCGAUUUUUUAUAAUUGUAUACAUACUUUGUUUAAAAAUCGGUCAAAAUUGUACAUUGGCAUGCUUUUAUUUAUUAAAAGUCGGUUAUCGGAAGAGCAAGUUUAUUUGAGUAAUUAAGACAAAGUGCUCUAUGUAUCGGCAAGUAUUAUCGUACCUUUAUUUGUACAUGUGUAAAUAAUAUAAAAUGACAGAAAUGUGAAUAUACGAGUGAUUACUAUGAA